AUGCAAGCUGAGGGUCGUGGUAUGAAGAAGGCCUUGCAGGUGACGCAACUCGCCUUGCCCCGAGGACAGCACAGGCUGUGUGGACUUUGUCAAAAACCGGCGUACCUGCAAUGCAGCGGGUGUCGGGUCACCUGUUACUGUACUGAAAGGCACCAGCAGGAGGACUGGGUGGGGAUCCAUAAGAAAGUCUGUCAUUUGCUCAAACCAGAGGUUGAUAAGGUGGAGCUGAUGAAGAUCUCGAGGUCGGUGGCUCAGAGCAAGCUGUCUGAGGAGAACCACCAGGAGGCUCUCCCUGCCGCCGUGUUCUGCCUGCACUGUUCCUGUGCGGUCUACCCCCCCAGAGCGGUCCAAAUGGUCCCCGCCUAUCUGCUAAUGGCCGAGGUCAACAUGGGUUUGGGUGAACUCUCCCUGGUAAGGGAGUUCCUGUCAAAGGCAGAUUGGGCGUCGAUGGAGAGCACAGAUCACUCGGUCCACCAAGGGGUGCACAGGGGCCUGGGCCGCCUCAACACAGCGACUGGAGACCUGGACGCGGCUCGCUUUCACUUUGCACAUGAUAUAUACUUUGCCUGUGAGGCGUAUGGUCUGGAUACCCCACCCACCUGUGCUGGCUACUUUCUCCUGGCGAAUGUAUUUGCCAAACAGGAGAAGAUUCCCAUUGCUCAUUCCAUGUACUCUAAGGUGGCAACAAUUUGGCACUGCCAUUUUACCAAACUCCUCGAGACCCACCCCCAAAAUCCUGACAUGGUGUUGGAGCCCUCUCAUGGCGAAGCCCGGCUAAUGUUAAAAGCCAUGUUGGAGUUUGAGCAAAACUACUCCUUGAAAGACUCGGCUCAGAUUGCACUGGUGGCCCACUGCCUGGCCAUGCUGUGGUUCCUCAGAGGAGACUCCCAAAAGGCACUGGAAUUUGGCACCACGGCCCUGCAGGCCAGCCAGCUGAUACCAAACCAUGACCUGACGGAGCCGAUCCAGGGCCUCCUAGAGCUGGUGCAGAACCGACAGGAGGAGCACCACCCUGGAUCGGACUAGUCCCCGUACCGGCCCUGCCGAUCCCUCUGCUUACAGAUGUGCUUCCCCGGGACAUCUGUUCAGUCCUCCACAUGUACAUGUAGAA